AUGUCAGUUGAAAAAUAUUCGACUGAGUUCCUUAAACUUUCGAGGUAUGCUCCACGUCUCAUCCCCGAUGAAGAGACCAAGAUUGAGAGGUUCCGUGAUGGAUUGUCACCACGAAUCCUUGAGAAGAUUAUUUUCCUCAAAGUCACCGACUAUGUCGAUAUGGUGCACACUGCCACCAUGGCUGAGGAGGGAAUUCGUGAAGCAACUGCUUACUAUAACAAUAGGAAGCGGUCACUUUCGUUGGGAGCCCCUUCAUCUCCUUCGCCCCCUCCACCAAAGAAGCAGUCUUUUGGUAGCAGUUCGGGAUCUAUUGGGGGACAAAGUGCUCCUGCAAGUCAGGGCAGCGUCGAUGUCACAUCAUGUGGUAGAUGUGGGAAGACGCACCCAGGUGUGUGUCGAUGGGGAACUUCUAGAACAUGCUUCAAGUGUGGCCGAGUGGGCCAUUGUGCCAAGGAUUGUCAGCAAGUCACUGCUAGGAUCCAAGCGUCUGAGGAGAGCAAUAAUCGGCCUAUGCCAACGGCGCCAGCAAGGGUGUACAACAUGCUUACACAGGAAAAUGCCAAAGCCAAUGGGAACGCAGCCAAUGUCGCCAAUGUUACUACAGGAUCAGCGGAUCUAGAGGAUGAUCCCGUAGCACGGUACUUGGGGUACUACGACUGA